AUGGAACCUCGAGCGCGUGCCGGCAAAAAUGUCGGCAAAAUGAACUUUUCCCACAACGAGCUUGCCCAGCUGCUCUACGCUCACGGCGACGUCAAGAACCCCCUCCCCGAAACCGUGCGCGUGCUCGACGAGAUCCUCACAGACUUUAUGCAGUCCAUUGCCUUUGAGGCGGCCCGCGCCGCGCAGUACUCGGGCCGGCAGAAGAUCAAGUACGAGGACUUUGAGUUUGCGUUUCGCAAGAACCCGGCCUUUCUCGGCAAGGUGCAGGAGGUGUUUGAGAAGCAGCGGGAGAUUAAAAAGGCGCGCGAGAUUCUGCGCGACGCCGAGGACGACAUCAUGAAGGACGCGGUAGAGGAGGAGAAGAAGCGCGAAAAGGUGGACGGCGGCCCAUCUGCGGCCAACGGCCGGCCGGCCAACAAGGAGGAGGAGCUGGGCGAAGCCGACGACGAUGCCGAUGCCGAGGCGGAUGCGCUGGGCAGGAAGAAAUGA